GCUUCAGUAGGGUCUCAUUCAUACCUGCAGUAGGAAAGAAGAAGAAGAACUUCAGGAGAACUUCAAAGCUUUGAGGACUUGCUUCCGUCAGUUCUCUAUACUGCAGAUUUUCUCCCAGACCUCCAUCAUGCUAUCCCAACGUGGAGUCAUCUCAUUCUUGGCCUGCCUGUUGCUCCUGACAACACUGUUCCCUGAUGUCCAGUCUCGACGUGGUGGUGGUUUAGGACGCAUUGGUGGUGGAAUGGGUAGAGGUGGAGGAGGAUGGGGAGGAGGAACAGCUAACCGGGGAGGCUGGGGAGCAGGCCACGCCAACACCCAUAGAACCCCACAUGCCCACGCUGCAGGCCACGGUCAUGCUGGGGCACAUGGCCACGCCGGAGCCCAUGGCCACCCUGGAGCACAUGGUCACGCUGGAGCACAUGGCCACGCUGGAACCCAUGACCACGCAGGAGGCCACAGCUCUGGUGGCUCCAGUGCUGGAAAGAUUGCAGGGGCGGCUGCUGCCGGAGCUUUGGGUGGAAUGGUAUUGGGACAUGGCCUGAGCUCCAUGACUGGGUACGGCCAUGGCUAUGGAGGCUACGGCCACGGGUACGGCCAUGGAUAUGGCCACGGAUACGGCCAUGGGGGACAUGGCUACCCCAGGCAUGAUGGGCAUGGGCACGGACACGGCGAUCUGAACGAGACGGACACAGAUUACUACUACGGAGCUGCCAGCAGGGGGCCCACGUACGGGUUUGUUGUGCUGUUCGGAGCAGCCGUGUCCUUCAUACUCGGACACUGGCUCUCAUAGGCAGCUGGACAGUGCCCUGAAACAAAGACUUUCAUGAAUUACAUGAUCAGUGUUCAAGAUGUAGUUUUCAGCCAUAACAACAACUCGCAACAAACUGCGUGGAAUGGGAACCAUUCUGAACUGAACUUUGAGCCAUGGAACAAACACUUGGUCAAACUUUGCUACUCUUGUCUUUUAUAAAAUGUUUAUAUAUGGUUUUCUUUUUUAAUUUAGGUUCAGGCCCAAAAAUCUGGACUGGAUUUAUGGUUUAUGACUUGCAACAGCUAAUUGCACUUUUUACACCAAUUUUCUAGGUUAAAUGUAUGGGAUCAAGGUCAGACAAUGUAAAUACUGAACAUGUAGAGUGAGUGUUUGUAUUUUCACAAUGUAAAUAUUUUCUUUUUCUCAUUUUUUCUUAUUUAUAUCUUAGUUAAAACAAUUAUUGGUUAUUAUAUGGCUGUCUUGUAAAAUGACAACUUUGCAGGAGAAGGGAAAAAAAUAUUUUUUUAAAAGCAUUUCAAAUGGUCCAUCAUUAAAAAUAGAGAUAUAAGGUUUUGGCACAACAGCAGUGAUAUACUACCUUUUUGAACUGCUUUAAUGAAACAUCUGAAAAAGUUUAGGUUAAAUGAAAAUGAUGAGUACACUCUUAAAAAUAAAGCUGCUACAAAAACAUUCAGAUCUAAUAAAGUACAUUUAAAUCAAAUGUUCAAGGUUUUUUAAGUCUUUGAUUAUGUGACAUUGUACAGUUUCCUUUAAAAACAUGAUUAUUUGUGGAAAUUAACAUGUUUUUCCUAUGAAAGCACUUAAAGAGCCAUUUAUUUAUCUCCUUCAUUUUUACAAUUGUGAAACUAUUCAUUUUAUUUAAUGGGCAUUUAUUCUUAAAUGUCCAAGGUCUAAACUGUAGUUACUGAAGGACAUCCCAUACGACAUAAGGAGUUUAAAAGAGUUAAACAGGUGGAACUGCACAUGGUUCUUGAGCAUGGUAUUUGUCCUUUCGUGCUGUUCUCUCAAAAGUCUUACAGACGUAACCUGUCUGGGUGUCUGAAGGCCCUACGACAAUGCAGAGUGAGGAGGAAGUGGUCUCUGCAAAUAGACAAAUCACAUUAUUGGGGAAUAAUUAGAUUACCAGUAGCAGGAUGUGGUGGACUUGAAGGUGAAGGCAAAUCUCGUUUACGAUCUGGGUGCAGUCUACACUCAGCUCUCAGUGAAAACAAUGCUAUUCUUGUUUGCCAUCAAUGAGCAACCUAAUCUUCUUCUACGUAAGCCUAUGUUCUUAUAGUUUUCCAUUAUUCACGCUUAAGAACAAAGGGCUUAUAAAAGGUUCUUUGACCGAUGUCAUAGAAGAAACACUUUUGGUUCCAUGAUGAAAAAUUGGCACUUAUUUAUGAAUUUUUACAGAAUUCCUAAUGUAACCCACAUGUUUUCUUCAUUGGGAUUUGUUCAUUUUACGAGAACAAUAAUAUCUACAAGCUUUCUCAAAGUAAUCAACUCAAGUAUGAUACAUAUUUGGCAGACACAAACUUGGUAUCUUAAACUCAAUGUUAUAUAUUUAUAUAUAAUGUAUUUUGCAAUGCUUUUGUAAUGCUGAAUUGUCUACACCAACAUAAAAAAAACUGCAGAGUGUCUAUCAAAACAAACUGUACGCAUGAUAUGGUUAGAUGGCGCCUCUGAAGGAAUAAAGAAUCAGUGUUAACCCUUUGA